AUGGCGUCUACAGUUACAGAAUCUGACUUCAAGGAUGCAUUAAGUCGAUAUCCUUCGAUUAUCCAGAAAAUCAGCAGGAAGCCCAAAGCGGGUAGCCUGACUCUCGAGGAGCUCGACAAGUUCCGAUACGAAACGGCACUCACUCAAUUCGAUAAAAGCACGGGUCGAGUAAUGGACAUAUCCGAUCUCAAAAACUUAAUUGAGUGGAAAAUGCACCACGGCACAUUUAGACCAACAUUAGCAAAGCUUGUUAGUUCGAAUUCAAAUGAAAAGCUUGCGGCUGCAACCAAAGACGCCUAUGAGUACUACGCAAACAAUAAAGAAGAUAUCGCAGGGACUCUCGAAAGGCUUACAAAGCCACUAAGUGGUAUUGGACCAGCUGCGGGCUCUCUCAUGCUAUCCAUUCACGACUCGAAAAAUGUCGUAUUUUUUAGCGAUGAGUUAUACAGGUGGCUCUGCAAUGACGGCUCUAAAGUUCCACUACGUUACACAGUUCAGGAGUUCGAAAAACUCUUUGAAAAAGCAAGUGAUUUUAUGGCGCGAAUUAAAUGUACCCCUGUCGAACUUGAGAAGGCUGCGUUCGUCUUCAUUAACGAGUUAGACCCUCCUCCUGAGCCCAAGCCAAAAAAGGAGCCAUCAGGCCUUCCUCGAGGCCGCCCAGCAUUGCCCGAGAGCGAGAAGAAAGCCAAAAAACCUCCAAGUGGUCGGCCAAGAGGCAGGCCAGCAUUACCAGAGAGCGAAAAGAAAGCCAAGAAGCCUCCAAGUGGUCGUCCUAGAGGAAGACCGGCACUGCCUGAGAGCGAGAGAAAGACUAAAAAAACUCCAACAGGUCGACCAAGAGGUCGCCCUGCAGGAGUUGCUACGAAACAGUCAGACAAGCAAGCCACUAGCGUAAGCUUAGAUGGCGAGUCGACAAGGAAGCGAGGAAGACCACCAAAGAAAGAUGCUUCCGAGACCGAAGAGGAAGAGGAAGAGGUAGAAGAAGACAAUGAUACUGAUAUAGACCGAAAGAGAAGUUUAUCCGUUGAGUCCCCCAUCAACAAUAGAAAUAAGAUGGCCAAAACUAGAAAUUCUUAA